AACUGUCUCCUGCUCAGUGGUCAGCUCUGGUCUUCAUCUUACUGUCAUCAGAAAAAGAUCUGGAUUUGUUUGAUCUGAAGAAAUAUUCAGCUUCAGAGAAGGUUCUUCUAAGGCUGCUGCCAGUGAUCAAAGCCUCCAACAAAGCUCUACUGAGUGACUGUACCCUCUACAAUGMAACAUGUGGAGCUCUGUCCUCAGUUCUCAGAUCCCAGUCCUCCAGUCUGAGAGAACUGGACCUGAGAAUCCAUGAUUCAGGAGUGAAGCCUCUGUCUGAUGCACUGCAGUGUCCAAACUGUAAACUGGAAACUCUCAGGGGCAGAGCCAGAGGUGUGACCAGGGKGCCACAUGUCACUCCUGGAAUCUGACUGGCCCCCCAGGUGCCUCCACAGUUGAUUCACAAGUUAUUGAAUGUGGCACUGGAAGAUGUGAGACUGUGGUAAAUGCAGACACAUAAUUACUGGUUUGUAGAUGUUUUUGGUAGAGACACAGAGAUGUUAUAUCUUGUACAAUUUUUCAAAGUGCUAAACAAUUUGAUUUU